AUGGGAGACGUCGACGUCGUCGAGGAGGAGCAACGACGACGACGUGACGAUACAUCCUCGGAUCAGUCGAGUCUUCCUUCCGAUAUUGUGCAGUUCAAGGCACGAUCGCAUCUGAUGGACGGGUAAGGAGUAGUGCAUGUUUCAUUCUUUCACGGUUGCAUGUGCAUGGUUUCAGAGCCGAGUGCAGUCCGAUCGAGCCGAAUGACAAAGCGUGGGAGGACUAUCGGUCUCGGUUCGUUUUCUUCCCGAAAGGCGUCAAAGUACAAUCUUCCUUCCCUAAAAAUAGAGAAAAGUAUCCAAAGUGUCAACAUAUCUUUCGCCACUCGAGGUGAACUUCAAUUAGUCGGUCGAUUCAUCAUCUGGUGUCAUCAUCAUAUCUCAUUUUUUUCCACCGUAUCACCCGCUCGCGAAUGGAAUCUUCUCUCCGUUUUCGUAGAAAUCAUACCACACUUUUCUCUGCAAACCAGAAUAGAACGGGCCUAUUCUCAGUCUGUCUGUCUGACUGUCCGGCUGCUAUUCAAAUGUAUAUUGUAUGUUAACGAACGAGAUGGCCGAACUUUGACGCGUCAGAGUCGAUCGGAGAAAGAGUGUUCGAAUUAGAGAGACGCCGGACGAGUUCAAAGACAAACCACGAGAGAUUGGGGAAAUCGGAGAGACGUAGAGACGAGUUCAAAGACAAAGUCAUAGUCAGUUCGGUGUGUAUCCAUUCGAUUCAUGGCCUAAAAGACGAAAAUAGCUAGUCAGGGGGGAAGGGGGUCUUCUUGUUUCUUCAGUCCCGCUUCCGGCCAUCAUUGGGAAUUGGAUAAGACAUUUAAUGGGGAGAAAGAGGGACUAUCAGUUAUUGAUUUCGAACCGAUGACCAGGGAAAAAGUAAGUAGGAGUUGGGGACUUUUGGAUGGAAAAUGAACAAGUUGAAGGAGUUCCCAGAAAUAAGAAAAAGAUACUGGAUAUCUUUCACAUGAAUUUCUCAUGAUUGUCAACGGUUGGACAACUACCGUUCUGUAGUUUGAUCUGUUUCCGAAGAACACUCAAAUUCAGUGGCAUUUGGCCUAGAAUUGAGCUUUAGUAUAUGAACACCAAAAUAGCGCUUAUUAAAGGCCAAAUAUUUCAGUUGUCUGUAGAGAUAUCAAAAAGUAGUCAACUGAUAUAAUGUACACAAUGUUCUGAUGAACAAUUUAUUAGUUUAAAGUUUUUUGAUAUCUUUGAAGACAGCUAAGAUACAUUGUUUUGAAUGAACGACAAAUGGAAGAGGCUGCAAUUUGGUCUUUCUGAACAGAGAAAAGUUUAUCUCAUCAAGUUUAUAAAAGUGAACUAAUAUAAUAUCGGAUAUCAAAUGUGUUGUGACAUAAACAAUAACAGCAACUUCGGUGAGAGCAGAAAGCGAGGCCAACUGAAAUCAUUCGUCGAAUGUUUGCCUUUUCCGUUCUUACAAGGCAGGUUUCUGUUUGCUUGAUCAUCCAAAUUGGGAAAGGAAAAGGAGUUGAGUCUUUGCGUCUAGACUUCCGAUGUUCUUCGGUUGGCCGAAUUAGCUGCCAGUCCGCAUGGGUCAUGUCACAUGUCACGGUCAUGCAAAUUGCAGCCAAUUCGACUUCUCUCCGAUCGCAUCUCUCUUUUCGAUUCCGUUCGACUUCAUCUUCAUCUCUCUCGCGACCUUCUCUCGCUAAUCUUUUGACUUUCAAAGAACAUUCGCUCUCCAUUCCACUUCUUUUUCUCCUUCUCCUUCUUUCGCCUGUCGCCGUCCCGAUCGAUACAAUUCGCGACAGUGCGUAAUUUCUCUGCGCCCACGUUAUUUCGUCGUCUCUCGAACUGGUUGGACUGCGAACUCACCGCCGAAUUCGCACUGUUUUUGUCGAUUUGUGUUUAUUCUAGACACAGCUGAUAAAUCCGUGUACAUUUCAUCAUCUGACGUCGAUUAGUCUUUGAAAGAUGAAUUUCUCACAUCCAGUUCUCCUCAAUCGUCGUCUCUGAUUGCGUCCCAUUCCCAUCAUCCAUCGCUUUGCUUCUUUUAGAGAAAAGACUGCGUUGGUUGCUUCCCCGGCCGUUUUAUCCUCCUGUUAGAUUUCGUCUCGAUAUGGCAAACCUUGUCAGACGCUUUCGGUGGUUAGUUUUCUUGCGGGGGCGGGCGUCAAGUAUUGUAAUCAGUGGAAGGUCAAACCAACAAAAACCAGUCAUUCUUCUGCUAACUUUCAUGUAAUUCACCUUCUUCUAGGGUCCAAGAAAGCGGCGAUCACAUGGAGCUGUUAGGAGAUGACGAGUCGAGCGACACCGAGGACCGAAACGAUCUGGACGAGGACUACGACGACUACUACACAGACAUGAAGUCGACGCGGAGAGAGACCACCAAAGAGUUUCUCACUCGUAAGUCUUUCCUUCGGUUUCAUCAGAAUCCUCUUUUCUUUUCAGGCCAAUUCCAGAACAUUGUGCACUUCUUCGUCGAAGACUGGUUCAUUUCGGCCGCGCUCGGCUUCAUCACCGCAAUCUUUUCGAUCUUCAUCGAUAUGGGAAUCGAGUAUCUUAUUCACUGUGAGUUCUUUGCGCAGUUCUGUUCAAUAAUGUGAUUCAAUGAGUUUUCAGUCCGUAACUACAUUCUCGAGAUUUCCGAACAGUACAACAACUACGCGGCGUUCCUGGUUUGGGUGUUCUACAUCACCGGAUUGGUCUACAUUGCCGCCCUGAUCUGUUAUGGUUUUGGAAAACAGGCUGUUGGUGAGUAUCUGUUUGCAUUCAAGGCCUUUAAAAAAUUUUGUUCUUUAGGAUCCGGUAUUCCUGAAGUCAAAGUGAUCAUCCAUGGUUUCGUGCUGAAGAACUAUCUCUCCGGGAAAACGCUCAUCGCCAAAAUGAUCGGAUUGACUCUGACCAUCGGAUCAGGACUGCCAGUCGGUAAAGAGGGACCGUUCGUGCACAUCGGCGCCAUCGUCGCCUCGCUGCUCAACAAACUCACCGCCGCCUGCCAAUACAACGCCUUCUUCUCGAACGAAGGACGUGCGAUGGAAAUGCUGAGCAUCGGAUGCGCCGUCGGAAUCGCGUGCACAUUCUCCGCUCCGAUGGGCGCUGUGCUCUACGGUAUCGAGUCGACGUCCAAGUACUUUGCGGUCAAGAACUACUGGAGAUCGUUCUUCGCCACCACUUGCUCCGCAAUGCUCUUCCGUUUCGCCAUCGCCUUCUUCGUGCCUCAACACAUUGCGGGAACUAUCACUGCUUACUAUCAGACAUACUUCCCCAACGAGGUUUUUGUCGUGGAAGAGCUUCCGUUCUUCAUCGGUCUGGGGUGAGUAUUAGCGAUUUCAAGACACCUAUGUACUGUGAGAACUUUCAGAAUCAUGACCGGACUUCUCGGCGCUCUCUUCGUCUACUAUCACCGUCGAAUCGCCUUCUUCAAACGUCGCAAUCGCAUUUUCCAAGCUCUGUUCGGAAAAAGGUUUGCAUCACUUUUUUCUCAAACCAAAACACAUUCCCAUUUGACCUUUUAUGUAUGCGAGAUGUGAAAAGAAACGGAAGUUUGAUAUGAGAUGAGACUGAUGACACUGUGUAGGGUAUCUUCAAGUGUAUUAUCAUAUUAGCGAGACAAAAUUUAUUGAUUCGGGGGAAUUUGUUUUGUUUUUGCAAAACGUUUCCGUUUUUAGAACGAUGUGAUGUGAUCUUUGAGAAACAGAGCAAAUGGGAUCCCAACUUCUGAUUUCAGUCCGAUCCUGUUCACCGUCUGCUGCGCCGCCAUCUUCGCCGUCCUCAUCUAUCCGAACGGACUCGGAAGCUACGUGGCGGGCAAGUACACAUUCCGCGAGACCCUCGUCGACUUCCUCUCGAAUUGCACCCUCUGGAAGCCGAACAACGGCUCCGAUGGAUGUCCCCCGCACGUGCUGGAGCACUGGUCGGGCCCCGAAGGCGACAUGAUGCCCAUCCUUUCCCUUCUGCUCUACUUCUUCUUCUACUUCAUCAUCGUCCCCAUCUGCAUCACCUUGUACAUUCCCUCCGGUAUCUUCGUCCCGUGCUUCGUCAUCGGCGCUUGCGGUGGAAGAAUCUUCGGAGAGCUCAUCUCGAUGGCCUGGCCGGACGGACUCCGUGGAGUCGGCCAGCCGCAGAUCUACCCGGGACUCUACGCAGUCGUCGGAGCGGCUUCCUUCACCGGCUCCGUCACCCACUCGCUCUCCAUCGCCCUCAUCGUCUGCGAGACCACCGGACAACUGUGUGCUCUUCUGCCCGUGCUCAUAGCCCUCAUGAUCUCCAACGCCAUCUGCGCUUUCCUUCAACCUUCUAUUUACGAUUCGAUCAUCAAAAUUAACGGAUACCCGUAUCUUGCCGACCUUCCGCCAUCCCGUAUGAGGUGAGCUCUACAGUAUUCUCUGAUCUUCCACUGUUAUCCUUUGCAGUGUGCAUCAAAUGAAAGUGGAGAGAAUCAUGGUAAAAGACAUGUACUACAUCACCCGAGACACCACCUACCGUGAACUCCGCGAGAUGCUCCUCGAGACGCCGACCCUUCGAUCCUAUCCGUUCGUCACUGAUUCUCGUUCGAUGACUCUUUUGGGAUCCGUCGCGCGCAAGUACUUGCUCUACCUGAUCCAGCGAAAACUCGGACCUGAGCCGGAGCUUUUCGGACAUCGCAGAAGGUUAGUUUCAUAAAAAAACAGGAGCGAUUACGGGGGUGUUUCUGCAGUUAUAGAACGCCGUCGAUGAAAGCAAAGAUUGUGUAAGUUGUUCAAAAGUUCUUGGUGUGAUAAGUAGUCAUGCUAGUUCGAUUAGAGCACUUUUGGGUUGCCUGAUGAUUGUAGUAUAGUCCGAUUCUCGAUAUUGUUCACUUCUCCAAUCCGUCUUUGUUUCCAGAAGCCGUACCGCCUCGGAAAUCUUCAGCACAAUUCACAAUCUCAGGUGUGUGCACCUCGUGGUUUGUCCUCCCGUUUCCUCUCUUGCACCUGCACAAUAUCUGCAUAGUGCAUGCACCGCUCUCAUCCGCUUCUCCUAGUUGCAUGUUCCUAAUACCCGUUUCCAUUCAGAAAGUAUUCUAGACGUGGAUCCCUGGCCACCACCGGCGGCCAUCUCUCCCAGGCCAACGCGCUGAUGACCGAUCGAAACAUUUCUGGAAACACUCUUCUGCCACAGUCGCCACUCCACGAGGAUCAGGUACAUAUAAACUUGUGACUCCACUUCUCGAAUUCAUUCUUCAGGGAGAUCGCAGUCCGCUGGCCCCUCUUCUGUACGCCCAAACCAAUCAACACGAGCCGAUUGUCGUAAGUAUUGUAUCUGUUUGUGUUAUCAAUAGUACUUUUCCAUUUUAAUGGAUGUUUUAUUGAGAUGUUUUCUUCCCAAGGGGGUUAGUACAAGUUGUUGUUGAUUUCAGCACUCGCUUGCCAAGAGAGCCGAGAUUCUGUCGAAGAAAUUGGAUAUGGAGGAGGUCGCCAUCGACCCGGCGCCGUUCCAAUUGGUCCGCGGAACUUCGCUCUACAAAGUCCACACCCUCUUCUCGCUUCUUGCUCUCAACCACGCCUACGUCACCGAAAAGGGCCGUCUUGUGGGAGUGGUGGCCGUGAAGGAGCUUCGUGAGGCGCUCAGCAACAUCUACAGUCGCGGAGCAGUCGUGCCGAGACCCAGAGUCCGUACCUCCACUUUCCGUCUCAAUCCGGAUCAGGACAGUGAGUUACAUCGCAAGUCUUACUUCAGAUUUCAAUUUUUCUUCUAUUCCAGUUGAGCAGCAGUUGCUGAACGGCCGAUCCGAGCAAAACGGCGAAGCGAACGCCGUCACCCGAACCCCUCGAGUCACAAUCGACGCUCCAGAAGACCACGUCGAGGAUCGUGACGAGAACAACGACGAAAACAAAUCCUAA